CAACAACGUACUUUUGUUGAAAAAUGGCGGAUCAUCACAGCAGUGGGAUCAAUGGUUAUGGAGGUGAAGAGAUGUCAGCUCGAACAUCAAAUAUUGAAGGAUUCGUUGCCACUCAAAUUCGAAAGCAAGAGAAAUCUUCUAGAGAAGAUGAUAACCUGGAUAAAGAGAAGAGAGACAAGUUUAUUGCUAGAGCACUGGCAGUCAGCAGAAGGAUGAACAAUGAAAUAGAGAAAGCAAGGAACAAAAGAGAUUUGUUGUAUGAUGAGCUUGGGGAAGGCAACAUGUCAGACUGGAGGAAUGAACACUCCAGUGAAGUGCUCACACCCCAGCAGGCCAAGCUGGUCGAUCAGAGUUACCAAAAAAAAUUGUAAAACUUAGCGGGAAAAGCUCACAAAAAAUUGACUGUUUUAUUCUAAACCUAGGCUGGGUUGUACAACAGCUGAUGAACCAUUAAACAAAUAAAUAUAAUAAAGUUUAUAUUUAUUUAAAAUACCGGUACAUAUUUUUAUUUAAAAUACCGGAACUUGAGAUUUCAUGCAACUACAGCUUAAAGUUUCUAAAUAUAAUUUUAAGGAUAUAACCUAACUGUUUACCUAGAACUAGUAUUAACAUUGGUGUUGUGAUUCUAGGAUGUAGCUGAGCCUUUACAUGCUAGUAAAUAAAAUUUGUCUCCUCUCCAUUUUUACUUCAAUGAACAUUCUGUCACAUUUUUAUAAAGGAUGAAUUCAGAGUAAACAAUUUUCAUGCCUUAAAAAUGUGUAUAAAACUUUGAUUAAUUUAUCUCAAGAAUUUUUUACUUUUUACCAUGUACAUAUUGUAUAGCAGUACACUGACUUGCCACUUUUGAAGUUGGAUUUCCUAUUGUUCCUGUUGUUAAAUACAACUUUACUGCCUGCCAAGUCAAGUACAAACUCAUUUUUACAUUUUCAUUUUUUUUUUCAAUUUCAAACUUUAUAAAUAAAAUGAUUAAUAUUUAUAA